GUUUUCUGAAACGACCAACUUUCUAAUCUCAUUCCAAAGGCCUACUACCGGAGGGCCGUUGCCUACACUGCAAUCUUGAAGUCGCGGGACGCUCUUCGAGAUUUCAAGACUGUCGUCAAGAAGGCACCAAAUGACAAAGAUGCCAAGCUUAAGCUGGCAGAAUGCGAGAAGAUUGUCAAGAGAGUCGAAUUCUUCCGGGCAAUAGAGAUUGGGGAUGAGCCAUCUGCUGCGGAGGGCCUGGACCUGGAUUCGAUGGUCGUAGAAGCAGAAUACGAUGGAGCUCGAAUAGACGACGAGAUGACGCCCGAGUUCAUCAGUGAUAUGUUGGAACGUUUCAAGAACGGCAAGAAAAUACACAAGAAAUAUGUUUAUCAAAUCAUAUUAGCUGUGAAGAAAAUCGUUUACGAUGAAGCUACUAUGGUCGAAAUGGACAUAGAAGAUGAUUCACAGCUCACAGUUUGUGGAGAUACCCAUGGUAAGUCGAUUAUUGUAAAUGUAAGAAUAAGAGUGUUGCUAAAAUGUUUCAGGCCAAUUCUUCGAUUUGAUGGAGCUCUUCAGGCUCAAUGGCCUUCCCACAGAAAAACACCAUUACCUCUUCAACGGCGAUUUCGUAGAUCGAGGCUCCUGGUCAACCGAGAUUGCCUUAUUACUCUAUGCGUACAAGUGGCUACGCCCUUCUUCUUUCUUCAUCAAUCGAGGAAACCACGAGACCGACGACAUGAACCGAGUCUACGGCUUCGAAGGCGAAUGUAAAGCAAAGUAUAAUGGUAGGUCGUUGUUACUGGUGUUGAUC